UUUGAAUUCAGUUUUGAAUACUCGCCCCUCCUUUUUCUUGUUCUCUUGCCCUGCUGCGAGUUCUGCUCUGGCUUGCUCUACAACUCUCCCAAACCUCGACGAGCAGUUAAACUAUGGCUACCGAUCCUCCCCUUGGCUUUUACCAAUCACGGGUGCUUCUUAUUCUCAUAGCCGCUGAAUUGGUCGAGCGCCGAACCGUCGCUCUAGCUCAAGCACUCCCCCUCGAAGAAGCGAGCGCGCGCGAUCUCCAACUUGCUUUCAGGCAAAACAAACUCACCUCGAGGCAGCUGACUAAGUUCUACCUCUACCGGAUUCGCAGACUCAACCCGCUCCUCAGAGGGGUCAUCGAGGUGAACCCGGAUGCCCUGCGCCAAGCCGAUAGAGCAGACCGAGAACGUAAGGCGAAGCCGUAUGGCUCGCUCUCUGCCUUGCACGGGAUCCCUGUACUGCUCAAGAAUAACAUAGCCCCCAAAGAUAAGAUGAACACCACAGCGGGCUCAUUCGCGCUUUUCGGCUCGGUUGUGCCUCGGGAUGCUGGUGUGGUGGCUCGGCUGAGGAGCGCCGGAGCCGUGUUGCUGGGGAAGGCGAGCUUGAGCGAAUGGGCUCACUAUCGGUCUUCUGGUGACCUCAGUGGUUGGUGUGCCAGGACCGGCCAGGGAAAGAAUCCAUACAAUCUAUCAGCGGAUCCAUGUGGGUCAAGUAGCGGGUCGGCCAUAUGCAUGGCAGCGAAUAUGGGGGCGGUGUCGCUGGGAACAGAGACAGACGGCUCAAUCUUGUGUCCCUCCAGUUCUAACUCAGUGGUGGGCAUCAAACCCACUGUUGGCUUGACGAGUCGAAGUGGGGUCGUCCCGCUCGCUCCCAGACAGGACAUUGUUGGGCCAAUGUGCAGGACUGUUGCAGAUGCUGUCAAUGUCCUCGAUGUCAUCGUAGGAUUCGAUCCUUUUGAUGCUGAAGCCACGAGAGAAGCAUCGAAGUACAUCCCGAGUGGGGGCUACAAGCAAUUUCUCAAAGCCGACGGGCUCAAAGGCAAGAGACUUGGAAUCGUUAGGAACCCUUACUUCGACUACCGCUCACGAUCACUGGUCGCCAAAGCAUUUGAGAGCCAUUUUAACACCCUGAGGAAACAAGGCGCUGUAUUGUUGGACCACUUGGAACUAGCCAACAUCAAUGAAAUCUACUCUAAUAGUGGUGAAGAUCUAGCGAUGUCGGCCGAGUUCAAGCUAGCCCUGAAUACUUACCUUCGAGAUUUGGUCGUCUCGCCAGUCCGAUCCCUCGCAGAUGUAAUCGCCUUCAACAACAAGCACAAGCACGCGGAAAAGAUCGACGAGUAUGGCCAGGACUUGUUCCUUGCAGCGCAAGCCACAAAUGGGAUCGACAAGGCUGUGAAAUCAGCAUGGCAAAACAUGGACAGAUUGAGCCGAGACGGGUUUGAGAAGCUGAUGAGGCAGAACAAGUUGGAUGCACUGGUGACUCCUGAAAGUAUAGUCAGUCAGGUUCUUGCGAUCGGAGGCUUCCCAGGAAUAAGCGUGCCAGCUGGAUAUGACGAAAAUGGAGUGCCCUUUGGGAUUUGCUUCGGAGGCUUGAGAGGCUCUGAGCCUACACUCAUUGAAAUCGCUUACGGGUUUGAGCAAGCCACCAAGAUCAGGAGGCCUCCUUUGUUCAGGCGGUGACCGCGAAGAUUUUCGAGUGAAUAUACUUGUAUCUAGGUCAUCAGUCUUGCGUGUGUGGUGCUUCUCUAUAAUUGGAUUAGAUCCAAACUGAUGAAGCAACAGAGGAAUAUGCGGUCAAAUUCAUGCCGAAUCUGGCAGGGAAUAUAAAUCUCAAAGAUUAAGAGGUGAGACUGUCGAAUAUUAGCGAUUUAGAACGUGUUGUUCAUUCAUUCCUAUUCUAGUAUCCAUAGAUGCGCUGCCCAUGGCUCCCCCACGGUCUAUCGCAGCCUGCAUCACUACUUUUCUGCCAAAGCAAAAGGUGAAGCUUAUUAGUCCAAUGAGGUUCAUCUUUAUAUAUUUAGUUACGAGAAGUAAUGUUGGAGAAAUGAAGGGACAGAAGACAAACCGACUUGGAAACAUGGUCGUAUGGAGAGAGGAUUGGAAAUUGAAAAGAACUUGGUGCCCAUAAAUGAACAUACGAGGUUCUGCAAAACUCAAUCCAAGAGAAAACUAGAAGUCAAGGAUUACAAAGAGCAUCAGAAGGACAAAUCGGCUCAGAAGACGAACGAAGAUCCUCAACAUUUGCUGGGUUUUUCGGAUUAGGACCUACUGCACUAUUAUCUGUACUUGGGACACUAUCUGUUGUAUUGGAAUUAAUCCAAAUGUCUCGUAUGUUUCGUUAA